ACGACUUCUCACACUGGGUUGCUCUUCUUUGUGUGAGUGUUUUUUUGCACACGUGCGUGCCCUGCGCAUGUUUUUUUUUUAAAGGAAACUCAAAGGGCUUUAGACAAACAAAAGAUUUGUUUUCCCAGGCUGUGAGUGGACGGCAUGCAUACGUCUGUAUAUUCAAGUGUCAUUGAUUUAUUGCCUGACACAACUUAUUAUCACAAUGGUAAAUUUCCUCCUAACAGUGAAGAAAUAAUCAAAAAUUGUGUUAAGUUAAAUCAAAAACAGAUCCCAUACUUAAAAAUGAACAACAACAACAACAAAAGCCAAACUUUCUUGUCUGUCAGUUAAAUCAAAUAAUGCUUUCUGGCAGACGUGUUUUUUGUGGAAGCUCUUUGUCUCAACCAAAGUCAUUGAAAAAGGUUUUUUCCACCAUAAAUCGCAAAGUUUUCUUCUUUUUUCUCCCUCACACAAACUAUUAUGGAGGAAUAAUAACUUCCUUGAUUGCAGCCUCCAUCAGGAAAAAAUCAUCAUCACGGUUAUUUUAACAGUCGAUUUACUUUGGUCUCUAACAGGGAAUCAUUUACUUGCGUUCAUUUCAUCAUGUGCUGCAGCUCUGACCAAAUCAACUCCAGGCCUGUUUUAGCUGAUGUGGUAACACUGCAGCCCACUUUCCAAUCUUCAGGGGGAAUACUCUGAAUAUUUUAUCAGCUAUAUGUGAUGUGAAAAAAGGUCCCAUUUUGAAUGGUUCACUUGCUUGUUGGUGGUGUGCUAGUUAAUGAUACAUAACAAGAAAAACAGCCAGUGGUCUAAUGAACGGGGUUUAUCAGUAACGAUAAGAGGACUUGGACCUUCUGCAUGAGUUCUGUCUACUGACCUGAUCUGAUCUGAUACAAUAUGACUGUAAUCUAAGCAAUGACUGAAUCGCUGUGUAGAAUGAGGUGUGGCCCUGCAUAACUAUCAUUUAUUUGGCUGUUUGGGGUUGAAGACAGUAAAAGAAUAAUUUGUAUUAUUGCUCAUAUGAGCUGCAGCUGGAGAGCGAACCUGAGUGACAUGUACUCAAAUAGAGAACCGUGAAUGUGAUUUUUAAUGAGUACAGCAGGUUCCUCCACAAACUGAAAUGCAUAAAUAUACACAAACUAUCUAGCUGUCAUUGACCCGACUCAUUCAGGAGGUGAAUCAAUGCCGCAGCGAGGGUGCAAGCGGGGAUCUAAUUUUCAGAUUUGUGGGGCUUAAAGGGAAAAACGUGGCCGUGGCUGCCUUAUCAUGCAGAUGAAAUGCCACGCAGCCCGGUCUGUGACACCACAUGAUUCAUUUGUGUCGUGCAUGAAUCACAUUGAGGAAAAACAGCGGAAAACCAAAGGUAAAUAUAUAACACGCUGUCAUCUAAUGCUUGCUUUAUUAGUUUCAGUUGACUUGGAUUCAGAUUGGGCCAGACCUUUUUAAUCCUGUUUCCUGCUGCCAAAGUCAAUUAAUGGGGACGGUGAUUAAAAUGAAGCAAAAACAAAAAACAUGUCAGAGCCAGUUUCCUCUGCAGGAGAAGCGGCUUCCUCUUUUGUCUGUGAUCACAGGUGGUGGAAUGGUUAGGAGGGAAUCAGAAUCAGAGAAAUGGAGUGGGUGGAUGAAAGUGUAGCGAAAAUAACAGGUAACGGAUGGAAAAAGUAGAAGAGAAGGAAGACCGAGUAGAAGGAGAAAUUAGCCACAGAUCGUCUGAGCGGCUGGUAAUGAGAACAAAGAGGUCCUCAUUAAUCAGACUCGGUCAACUUGGUCAAAGGAAACUAAUCCAGGGGCUGACAAGACAGGCAGAGAGGUGAUGGCUUUUUCAUUAUGUUUGGAUUAAACCACCAAGUGCACAAGCACCUCCUUCAGAGUGUCUAAUGGGUGAAGUCUUGCCUUAAAGGACAAUAGCACCGUUUUUUUCAACUUCCUUUAAAAGCAUUUUGUCACACACUGUAAUACUGACAUCAAAACAUGAUUUUAUAAGACAUUCGUUCCUUAACACACCUCAGAAUGGUUUAAAAAUACUUUGUCUCAAACAUCUGGUAUUUGGAUCUUGGCAUAUGUUGAACAUGUCGUAGUUUGUGAAAGGGAAUGACCAAAACACGUGUGAACAAUUGGAAAUGAUGACACAGAUGUUGAAAGAUGUGAGUGGAUGCUAUCUGUAAUGGUUUUUGUGCACUUUAACUACAUGUUCCUUUCUUCCCUGAGGCUCUGUGAGCGUGAACCCCGUGCCUAUGACAGCAGUACAGCACGGAGAGGUUAUGAAAAUGGAUGGUUGCAUUCUGCUUUGCCUCUGGAGAGCAAAGCAAGGGAGGGAUAGACUCCAUCAUCAAUCAGAGAGAAAGCGUACUUUACUAGAAGUACUGUCUACAGUCUAUCAAGCACACAAAGAAUAAUUUGUACUUGUGUUAAGUCAGUCAGACAGAUGGAAAUAAUGGGGUCUGCUUGGAAUAUAUUAAACUGCACCCAGCAAUGUUCUGCAGACAUUAUUUACCUUCAUCGUGCAGCUUCAGUUUAAGAAAUUUCAUGAUAUGACAGAGAGCACUCCUGGCACAGGUUUCAGCCUAUGCAUGGGUCUCCUGUAGAUGAGCUUGAGCAAUCGGAAGACAGUUCACUGAGAUUUCUUGGAUACACAUGCAAUGCAAAUGAGCAUUCAGCAUAUUUUCUUAUCCGGGAGUUUAGGUAAACAAGGGAUUCAGAUUUUCUCAGAACAAUGUCAUAAAUUUGAAGAUAAAAAUCUGCUAUGAAGAAAGAAAUGCAGCACGUACUCAUCAGUGGUCAUCUACAGACAGAUGGACCUUAACAGCUGCUCCUGCUUAGCAGUUUUCAAUGCUUUUAUUUGACUUUCUUGAGUACCUGGAGUAAAGCUUUAAUUAAGCUUUACUCCAGGUAUUGUAACAACUCCAUUGCACCUUAUCUGCACCGAGGCAUACUUGAAAACAGACUGAACAUCAAAAACGAAUCACAUGGAAAUAUAUAUAUAAUGAAAUUAGGUUGGGGGUGCAGCCGCACAAAGAACCUUCUCAUGAAUUAUACUGUAAUUACAGAGAGGGGCACAAGGCUCCUCGGAACCAACAAAAAGAAGCCCAGAGAUUCCUCACUGAAGAAGGGCCCUGUUGUCUACACCCUUAAUUAACAAAGAUGAAAAAAACAACUGUUAUUGCUACGUCUGAUCCUCUCCUCUACCGACCUUCCCACUAAUACAACCCUUUAAAUAUAGAGGAAUGUUAAUAAAAAAAAGAAAAUGAUUGAUUUAGUUUGGACAUUUAUGGCAGUCUUGUGUUUGCCUCGUGUGGCGGCAGGGAUUCACUCAAAUCAUGAGAGCAGUUUUCUGUUUUCUGAGGAAUGAUCCCACUGAGAUACUCUUCUUUUCACCCACAGCUGUACAUUUGUGCUGGGAAGAGAAGUCAACCAGGCCAGGCCUGUCAUGCAUUCAUCUGAUUACAUUCCUCUGGCAAAGCCAGCAUGUAAAGCUUGACAGUAUGUUCAGCCGUCCUUACACACCCAGGAGUGCGUCCACUGUUACUAACUGGUCAUUAGGUAGUAGCGUAAUAGUGAGAACAACCUUGUUAUGUAUAGUCACAUUCAAUUGCUCAAUAUUCUCACGUUUUCCUUCUGAUCAGGCAGAAAUGGAAGCUCUCUUAUCACCCAUUCAGUGGCACAUUUAUAUAUACGACCACUCCACAGCAUAUUAGUCAAAAUAUUACAUCAACACGGUGUCAAUCAUCACUCACAGCGAAAUAACUAAAAGUGCACAUCUCUCCUUGGAGCUAUGUUUUGCCACUCCUCUAGUCUCAUCCAAUCACCCUCCCUCAAAAAUCAAUUCUUUUACCUUUUCUGGGCAGUUUUUUCUCCUUUCUCCUCACCGCCUGUAUCGCUACUCUUCCCCCCCACCCCCCUUCUCAGACGCUACUCUACAUGCAGUUUAUUUGACCAAGGCUGCCCUCUACAUCCCAUGACUCUGUUUCUUAAAUUGUCAUCUAAUUCCUAUCAACUUUCUGUUCUUUUCAGCCAUUUAUUUAUAAGCAAAGAAAAAUAAACGUAAAAUUAAUUUAGAUUGGGAGAGAGAGAGAAGAGAAAAGAACGCCUGGAUGCAUGAGAGAAAAUCUGGAGAGAGGGGAACAAAAACAGGGGGAAACAGGAAUGUACAAGGGUAAGCAUGGGAUGAGAAUGAUUAUGAGAGGGGAUGUGAAGGAAUAAGGGUGGUGGGAUAGGAGGCAAAGCUGUCAAAUCAACCUUGAGAAAGAAUUAGAAAGAAAAUAAACCAAACUGGACUUGCGUCAGAUCGAAUGGGAAGCUUUGGGAGAGGGACAAACAGACAGGAGAAUUAUUAAAAUCUGAGACAUAAUUACACUUGCAUGAUUGGCAGAGUGUCUGGCUCUCAUUACUUUGAGUUGAAUGUGAUGAGGUUACCCAACAGGAGCUAUUUGUGGUACAUGAUGUGAAACUGUUACUGAUGAUCCAACAACAAAGAGUUCCUGUGAUUUAUAUCUGCAUCAGCUUAUGUGAGAAGUCUGUGUGUGUUUUGCUUUGGAUUCUCAGCAGUACUGUAAGGAACAGUGCAUUUUUAGGCAACUGCAGGAAAUGCAAUAAGAUGCACAGAUGUAAUAAUUCAGUGCAAUUUCAUUGUCUGUUGAUAAUAAUCUGGACUUGGCCAAAAUCCACUAGUGGACAGUCAUACAGCCCUGCAGCAGAUUGACUCCUGCAGACUGUGUUUGUGCAGAGCAUCAUUUAUACAAACUAUAAACAAUAGAUUUUAUUGGCUUUCCCAAAUUAACACUUUGUUUGUCUUCCAGGAAUGGAAAGCAUCAGUUUGGAAACGGACUGGGAUAGGUUAGGCCUCUCCGCUCUGGGCCCCACAGGAAGAAACAACUUCUCUUCCUCGUUUAUUUCUGAACUGAACUCAUUCAACACGUCUCACAGUGGGGGAUCCUUCUUUGGCAUCUUUCCCGAGAAUGGCUCCAAUAGCACACCUCGCACCCUUCCCCAGCCCAGGGUGAGGGAUAUCGGCUUGGCCCGGGCUGAGAUUGCAGUGCUUGCGGUGGUGCUGGCUCUUACCACCUUGGGGAACAGCUUUGUGUUGUGGGUGCUUCUGAGGCGGAGGAAGCACAACGCGCCGAUGCACAUAUUCAUGGUCAACCUGUGUGUGGCUGACCUGGUGGUGGCUUUCUUUCAGGUUCUUCCUCAGCUAAUAUGGGACAUUACAGAGAGGUUUCAAGGGCCGGAUUUGCUAUGCCGGUCCAUCAAGUACUUGCAGAUUGUUGGCAUGUUUGCUUCCUCCUAUAUGAUAGUUGCCAUGACAGUAGACCGGCACCAUGCCAUCUGCUGCCCGUUGCAGGCCUACCGAGGGGGCACAGUGUCCCGCUGGAACACUCCUGUCAUGGUGGCCUGGGGCCUGGCACUGAUCCUCAGCAUACCGCAGGUGUUCAUCUUCUCUCGCUCAGAAGUGGCUCCCGGUGAGUUCGAGUGCUGGGGUCACUUUGCUGAGCUGUGGGGGCUGAAAGCCUACGUCACCUGGAUGACGGUAACUGUCUUCCUCCUGCCCGCCCUCAUCAUCACCAUCUGUCAGAUAAGAAUCUUCCGCGAGAUUCACAACAACAUCUACCUGAAGUCAGAGAGGAUGGUGAUGGCUGAGAUGAAGAAAAACGAAAUCCUCUUCCGCUUUCACAGCUUUAGGAAGGAGGACGAGCGAUCCAGAGAGAGGGGGAGACGGGCGUCUGGAGGAGGAGGCUGGGACGGAAGAGGAGGACAACUCUUAAAGGUUGCAAAUAACAACCCCCACAAUAACACACCCAACAGCCAAGUGGGAGAAUGUUAUGACUAUGUACCACCUGAUAUUCAGUGUAACAGUUGCCACGGGGAACAUGUGACAACAACAAGAACAACAGUGCAUCAGCAAACAGUGAACGGCUCAGAUUGCCAGGAGCCCUACACCAACUCUCCCCGCUGCUCCCUUGAUUAUGCUCCCCCUCACCGCCCUGCCACCCCACCUCCAAGUAUCACUAAAGCCAUGUCAAAGACGGUGAGGAUGACCCUGGUCAUUGUGCUGGUGUAUACUAUCUGCUGGUCACCUUUCUUCAUUGUCCAGCUGUGGGCAGCCUGGGAUCCAGACCCUCCAGACCAAGGAGUGGCCUUCACUAUCCUGAUGCUGCUGGCCAGUCUGAACUCGUGCACCAACCCAUGGAUCUACACGGCUUUCUCCAGCAGCGUGUCAAGAGAGCUGCAAAAUCUGCUCCACUGUGGGUCAAGAUCUGGACGACGGGGCUCCCUGCCUGACGACUCUACCACCACACACACCUCCACCACCAAGGACAGCCUGUACUGACAAAGACUGAUGAGCUGGAGAGCGAGACACACAGAGACAUGCUCAAAAGGCAUGCAUGCGUGCACACGCGCCCACUGCAAGGACGUACUUUUGCACACAACUCUGCUGAUGUCACCGCCUCCAGCGCCGCAGCCUGAGAACGCACUGUGACGACCUCCACCAGAUGUUUUCAGCAUCAAAGGACAGCUGUCUUCUCACCAGGACUUCUAUUUGUAAUCACCUGUCUUACUCGCCCCAGCAGUAAGGACGGCUGUCACUGAAGAUGUCAGCACCAUUCAUAACACAGUGUUUCGGUGGAUCUGUGGGGUGAAAUGGACUGGAAGGUGAGAACAUUUUCACCUCAGUAGCUGUUGAACAGAACUGUGGACAGUCUCUUACUCUGCUCGGAUACAGUAGAGCAGCAGGAAUGCAAGGGGUGGAUUGCUACAUUAAUGGAACGCCUAAUGUAUAAAGCAGCAGACAAAACUAUGGGUGCAGAGAAAACCAAGCUGGAGGGAAGAGAAAAGAAGCACAUGCAGACAGUACACGAGAAUAAGACUGCAGGAGAACAGACAGGGGAUGUCAUGGAUGUUACAGCAGUGGUCCCAGGAGGACUGUAGUUGAAAUCUAAUAACGUGAUCAAACUUUGUUAUUCCACAGAAAGAAAGAAAGGAUUAGAGACGGAUGCUUGAGGCAAAGAAGGAAUUCACUUCCAGGUUCCAACAAUAGUGAUUUGUUAGCAAGAUGGGCUUAAGAUUCACUCCUGAGGACGGUGCAGCAGAAGGAAAGCACCGCACAACAAAAUAAACCUGGUUUUCCUUGCUCAACUGGGACACAAUUAUGUGACUGUAUUUUAUACAAACACGCCAUAUGAGGCACAUAAAAGAACCUUCCCGUCAUGCUUUUCUGAAAGUAUGAAACGAGAACACAGCACAGAAGAAACUCAUGAGAAGUAUUUAUCAGCAUUCCGUGUAUCGUGAUCAACGUUGUAAAGUAUAUUUAUUGAAGAGAAUGUUACAUUUUGUGCUAGAUAAAAGCUGAAUGUUGCAAUGGUCUGAGGUACAGUGUAGCUAAAAAAGAAGGAAGAAAGAAAACAAGCGGUGUCAAACCAAAGAUUGUUUUUUAAAAGCUCGACUUUAAAGUCUUAUCAGUAGACAUAUUCCAACCUACAUGUUAGCGUACAUCUAGAAACAAUUACUAUUUAAGAAAACGCUUCACAUGAAUAUUGCAAAUACUCCAAGUCCAAACCAAGUGCCUGUAAUGUCAGUAGACAUUUUUAGAGGGGGCCUCCCUCACUGGAUUAAUCUGUAAAUGAUGUCAGCCAAGUUAUUUUUAGACAGAGCAUACCUCCAGAGCAGGGAUCAUAGGAUAUGUUAUAUCACACCAUGAGCCAUGUGUUCUUUAAUCUCUUUAUUUAUUUAUUGUUGUGUAAAUGAAAAUGUACACACAAAUAUAUAUAUAUUUAAUGUAUACUUAGAUAGUAUAUAGGUGUAUUAUUCCCUGUUUCUGCCUUCCAGGUACAGUUUUUAUAAUAUUGCAUUUUAUUCUGUGCACAGAGUAAAGUAUUAUGGCCCUCAGCUGCAUGACACACUUAAAUAUUCUAAUGGUAUGUUUUUACAAUAGCAUAAUUAUAUAAGCUACUGUACAUACAGGAAAUGUGAUAACAUUGUGUGUAUUUGAUCAGUCUAUCCAUUAGAUGCUGUUGAAAAUAAUCUUUUUUUUUAAUGAUGUGCACUCACAGUGAGACACUUUGGUGCAUCUUUCUUUUUCGUGAGAGAACAGUGUUGUUCGAGUCUGCAGGACAAUACCGGCAUGCUUUCAAGGUAUCUCAAGAGUACUUGUCUGGGUCGAAGGAGAAGCCUCACCUUUUCCUCUGCGUGGCCGUGGUGUUUGGGUUUACAGCACGCCACUGCAAACUUGUUCCCCAGACACAGGCCUCUGCUUUGAUUAUCAGCCAAAUGAAACUCUGCAGCAACAAUGUCCCGUGUCUCACUUUGUUAUAUCAGGAAAUAGAUGAACUUCUCCCAAACCUUCAGGGUGUUCAUGUAUUUUUCUCUCUCCCAAGCAGGAAGUUGAGAGGUCAGAGGAUGAUUCUUCUCCACGCAAAGAGCCAAACCUCAGUUUCAUCCAGCCUUUCAGAUUGAUGGGAGAGGCCGAACACUCCUCAGCUGUGCAUUGUGCUUUCUGUACAGCCAUUAGUGAGCAUUAAAACGGCUAAAUAAUAAAUGCACUUCAACUGACUGAGAAGCAGAUAGCACGAACACCUUUAAAUAUCCCCUAAAAAUAGACCCAUCAUCAGACAGAAUUUCCUAUAGAGUCAGUUUAGUUUCCUGAGUAGUCCUAUAAAAGACUUGGCAUUUCCUAUUUUUCACUGAAACAGCCACCACCAUCUCUCUCUUGUCAGAGCAUAUGAUAGAUGGUCUAACUGGUAGGUCACUGCUGUUUUUAUAAUCUUGCAGUGUGUGUGUGUGUAUAUUUAUGCUGAAUGCCCUAAUGCUCACGGUUUCCAUGCAGAAGCAUGGGUGACGGCUAAACUCAAGGUCACUUCUUCAUUACAGUUAGGGCAGCACUUCCUUCCAGCCGUGUGGCUGCAAUGGGGUAUAAAAGAAAUAAAUUAUCCCUCAGGGAGCCUGUCACAAGGGCAGGAAAACAGGGCAAGUUCCGUCUUCAAAUCAAUUUAAAUUCAGCCAAGGAGUGCAACCAGUGGCUCUGAAGAAUGACUGAGACCCCCAGCCUUCACCACAGCCGGUAUAAAUCAGACCUGGAGCCAGGACUUUUACCAUACUGAGCAAUGCGUCUGCAUUGCUUAACCCAAGACCCCUCUGCAGACCUAAUGAUGGCCGAGGCUCAUUCCAAGACACCAGGAGGCCCAACUGGCCCAGAUCGACUCCUGUGUCUGCGUUAGGAAAGAGCAUCAUACUUUAUUAUCAGAGGAAGCAAGAGAAACAGGCUCCCCAAUUUAUCUUGUCUUCUCACAAAAGGGUUUCAUUUUGCUCUUUUUCUCUAUCUUAAAUGUUUUAACACCAAGAGGAUGUUUAUAUGCUCUUAGCCUUAAAACAGAUGGUAAACUA